CCUGGCUGCCAACAUAUAAGAAUGAUUGAAGAUGUCCGCCUCUCAUCGGCCCUUGUGUUUCUUCGUUUCUAUCAUCAUUGUCUUGCAAUCCUCAAUCUUCAACCAUGUGGGACAUCAUUCGUGACUCUACCUUUGGCCAAUGCCUACGGCUAGCCAGUGGUGGGAUGCUGGCCGGAUACCCUGAGGAUCAGCCUGGUUUCCAACUACCAGCUGGAUCCCUCGAGCCCUCCACCUCCUCCUCAUCCACUUCCUCCUCCAAUGGAGAGCUCAUUGGGGAUCCGGAAAAGGGCAAUAAAGAAUCUAAUCCAUUAGUAAUCGGCUGGUAUGGCGAGAAUGAUCCAGAAAACCCACACAACUGGUCCUGCCGAAAGAAGCUCUGGGUUGCCAUGCUACUUUUUGUCUACACCUUCUCCGUUUAUAUCGGCUCCUCGCUAUAUACUGCCAGUGAGCCGGACGUCAUGCGGAUCUACGGUGUUGGUGACGAAGUGGCCGAGCUGGGAUUAACCAUGUAUGUCCUUGCUUAUGGUCUAGGCCCCAUGCUCUUCUCGCCGCUAUCGGAGAUUCCAGCCGUCGCCGGCGCCAGCUAUGGCGAUUUCUACGGCGCAAAGGAAAUGCCCUAUGUGAUAGCUCUAUGGGGCGGAGGUGCAACUCUUGGCCCAGCCCUCGGCCCACUGGUUGCCGGAUUCGCCGUCGAGAAAAUGGGAUGGCGUUGGAGCUCGUGGGAGCUCCUUUGGCUAUCAGCCCCCACAAUGGUUAUCAUGUUCCUCAGUAUGCCCGAGACAUCAUCAGACAACAUCCUGCUCCGCCGCGCUCGACGCCUACGCACUCAAACAGGUCACAUAGACAUCAAGUCCGAGUCCGAGAUUCGUCAGUCAAAGAUGAGUCCAAGAGCAAUUACAUUCAACGCUCUCAUCAAACCAUGGGAGAUAAAUGCUCUUGACCCUGCUGUUCUUUUCUCAACCUUCUACACUGCGCUUACAUAUGCAAUCUAUUAUUCGUUCUUCGAGUCCUUCCCCCUCGUGUAUAGAGACAUGUACGGCUUCACUCUGGGCGAGCAGGGUCUCGCAUUCCUUGCUGUGCUGUGCGGCCUCUGUGUUGCGGUCGGUCUUCUAUGCGCAUAUUUCUACUUUUUUGCCCCAAAGCAGCUGGGGAAGCUUGAUCCUGUGCCUCCUGAAGCUCGUAUUUGGCCGGGAUUGUUCGCGACAUGGCUUAUUCCAAUAGGAUUGUAUAUCUUUGCAUGGACCUCCUCCCCCUCCAUCCAUUGGAUCGUCAGCCUGGUCGGCAUCGCCAUCAGCAUGUGCGGCGUCUUUAUCAUCACCCAGUGCAUGUUCAUCUACCUCCCCUUCACGUAUCCUCGAUACGCGGGCUCGCUGUUCGCCGCCAACGGCUUCGCGCGCAGUCUACUUGCUGGUGCUUCUAUUCUCUUCUCUCGCCCAAUGUUCCAGGGGAUUAAGGUCUCUGGUGGAGUGACUCUGCUUGCGAGUCUUAGUGUUUUUUGUAUUGUGGGUAUGUUCCUGCUUUACUUUUUCGGGGCGCGGUUGCGGGAGAGGAGUCGGUUUACGGGGCUGUGAAUGUCCCUUUGGUGUGGGCUGGUAGGGGAGAGCGUUAAGUCUCGUUUGUCUACGUAUAGGAAAGCCUAG